CGCCCUGACUGUUAGUCGCGGAGGAGGAGGCCAGAAAACAAAAACAAUCGUUCGGCGCCGCCAUCUUGGCCCGGGCUCCGUGAAACUGAAUGGGCAGCGAUGAGAGGACUCGGCCUGAGGAGGAGGCGUCUUGUAGGCCGGACACGCAGCGCGGCCUCUGAGCGGCCUCACCGGAGCCAGUGACUGGGGACAGGCCUGUGACCGAGCACCGAGAGGAGACCUCCCUGAUCCCGUCCUCGCCUCUGCCUCCCUCUCCAGUGUCUGUGUUCUCGCCGCCACCCCCGGGACAUGGGGGCCCCGCUCUCCCGGCUGCUGCUGCUUCUCACUCUGCCCUCCGGUUGGUGACCCGGCGCCCGGCGGAGCUCCCCCUCCCCCUCUUAUUAUCACCCUGAUUAUUAUUGUACCGUGUGGAUCUAUCUCCGGAGCCAUGGGAGCCGCCACCAAGCUGGCCUUCGCGGUGUUCCUGAUCUCCUGCUCGUCAGGAGCCAUAUUGGGGAGAUCGGAGACCCAGGAGUGUAUCUUCUAUAACACCAGCUGGGAGAAGGAUAAGACGAAUCAUAGCGGCAUCGAGCGCUGUCUGGGAGACAACGACAAGAGGAAGCAUUGCUUCGCCACGUGGAAGAAUAACUCCGGCUCUAUAGAAAUCCUGAAGCAAGGCUGCUGGUUGGACGAUGUCAAUUGUUAUGACAGGGUCGACUGCAUGGAGAGAAAGGAGAACCCGGAUGUGUUUUUCUGUUGUUGUGAAGGCAGCAUUUGUAAUGAACGAUUCUUCCACUCCCCGGAGAUUGAGGUCACUCACCCCACCUUGAAUCCAGUUACUCCGAAGCCGCCCCUGUUCAAUACUUUGCUUUACACUCUGGUGCCUAUCAUGGGAUUUGCUGUCAUCAGUCUCAUCUCUUUCUGGAUGUAUCGUCAUCACAAACUGGCUUACCCUCCGGUGCUGGUUCCUACGCAGCACGCCUUUCACAUUAUGAUAGAGGAUCCGGGUCCUCCCCCGCCCUCUCCUCUGCUGGGGUUGAGGCCUCUGCAGUUGCUGGAGGUGAAGGCUCGAGGAAGGUUUGGUUGCGUGUGGAAAGCGCAGUUAUUAAGCGAACUGGUGGCUGUCAAGAUAUUCCCCAUUCAGGACAAGCUGUCUUGGCAGAACGAGUACGAGGUUUACAGCCUGCCCGGCAUGAAGCAUGAAAAUAUCCUGCAUUUCAUUGGCACGGAGAAGCGUGGUACCAACCUGGACACAGAUCUGUGGCUAAUAACCGCGUUCCACGAGAAGGGUUCGCUCACCGACUUUCUGAAGGCAAAUGUGGUCACUUGGAAUGAACUGUACCACAUUGCCGAAACGAUGGCCAGGGGUCUCGCUUACCUCCACGAAGACAUCCCAGGUCUCAAAGACGGCCAUAAACCCGCCAUAGCCCACAGGGAUAUCAAGAGCAAAAACAUACUCCUGAAAAACAACCUGACGGCGUGUAUAGCGGACUUUGGCCUUGCAUUAAAGUUCGAAGCGGGUAAAUCAGCUGGCGAUACUCAUGGCCAGGUGGGCACUAGGAGGUAUAUGGCUCCAGAGGUGCUAGAGGGCGCUAUAAAUUUCCAGAGAGACGCCUUCUUGAGGAUAGAUAUGUAUGCAUUCGGCCUAGUUCUUUGGGAGCUGGCGUCGCGCUGCACAGCGUCUGAUGGUCCUGUGGACGAGUACAUGUUACCGUUUGAAGAGGAGAUUGGGCAGCACCCGUCUUUGGAGGAUAUGCAGGAGGUGGUUGUACAUAAGAAGAAAAGACCCAUUUUAAGGGAAUGUUGGCAGAAGCAUGCAGGGCUGGCGAUGCUCUGCGAAACGAUAGAGGAGUGCUGGGAUCACGACGCAGAAGCGCGGUUAUCGGCGGGCUGUGUAGAGGAGCGGAUUAUCCAGAUGCAUAGACUUACAAAUAUUAUCACGACAGAGGACAUUGUCACAGUGGUCACCAUGGUGACCAACGUGGACUUCCCCCCCAAGGAAUCCAGUCUAUGAUACUUGCACUUGACCAACAGAACUCAGAGCUGCUAUAAGCUAAGGAAUUGACUUUGCCUCUUUUCGAAUGGGUUGGUCUUUUAUCGCAACAUCCCUCAGACAGGACGCACCAGACUUAUUUCAUUCCACGUGGCGGUUUUGCGAAAAAUAAAUAAACUGAAUAUGAAAGGAAUGAAUAAAAUAUGAAGAAACACGGACCUCUCUGGAUAAUCCGCUGACACCAGUUUUGUAAAUGUCAGAAGAGACUGAAACCUUGAGUGAACUACUGCUAUAAAUAUAUAUAUGUAUAAAUAUAUGUAUAUGUGUAUAUAUAUAUAUAUAUAUAUACAUACACACAUAUUCACAUAUGUGUAUAUAUAUUAUAUGAAUUUUUUUUUUUUAAAUCAAAGCAUUUCAUUUUCGGAUCUAAAAAAAAAAAGAAGAAAAAAAAGGGUAACUGUUUUUAUCGCAUUUGCUGUUGUGUUUCUAUCGAUGACUAUUGUAAUGCCAAUAUGACACAGCUUGUGAAUGUUCCCUGUGCUGCUGUUCUAUGUAAAGAAACCGAAAAAGAAAAAAAAUAUAUAUAUAAUUAUAAUUUUUUUUUUUAUUUUUUUUUUACGUGGGACAUUUUAAAGAGGCUUCCAGGCAUCCUUUAACCUCCCUCAACAAGCUAUACCUCAGUUCCACAGUCUCUAAAAAUUUAAAUUAUACAUUUGCAAAAAAGAAAAAAAAAAACACUAAGCAAUUUUAAUAAUAAAUUGAACCGUUUUAAAAAAAUAUAUAUAUAUCUAUAUAUCAGUGUAUCACGAUUUCGACGUGUUAUUUAAAAGGAAAGGAAAGCGUGCUUGGUGUUUAACCCAUCGGUUGCCUGUCCUCUCUCUCUGUCGCAUGGCUCGUGGAUACACAACCUGCUAGGAAAGGUUAAUGUUCACAGCAAAUAACCAUUCCUUAACGGUGUUUUUUUUUUUAGAAAAAAAAAUUAUAUAUAUAGAUUUUUCUUUUUUUAAAUCUAACGCCCUCCCCCCCACCUUAUGUAGGUAAAUCUUUACCUGCCAAUGUAUUUUAUAGGUUUGCUGUGUCUGAGGAAUUAUUGAAAAUAGAAGCAUGUGAUUUUUUUUUUUUAUUAUUAUUUUAAACAAAAAGUUUAUUUUUAUUUUUUUUUGUAAGCUCUUAACACUGGAACACUCAAGUUCUUCUCUUUUAUUUUUUUUUAUUUUUUUUAUUUUAUUUUAAUUAUUAUUUAUGUUGUAUGUCUGUUCAGCGAGCGGUCGGCGGGGCAGUUUCCGGUUCUCCUCAGGAAGUUUUCACGACCCAGAAUUCCUCACUUAUGCUUUUCAGAAAUUGCAAUCACGCCGUGCCAUCUUGUCAGAGCAGCAGGGGAAAUCUGUCGUCCGUCAGUCGAAUCCCCGAUUUCCCCGCCCCCCCCCCCCUCCCCCUCCCCAGGCGCCGAUUCGACAUUGCAGAUUUCUUAUGUUAAAGUUAUAUUAAAUAUCAGGGAAAACUGGUGAAAUGUAGAACCUUACAUUAUGCAACUCCUGUUUCCAGGUUUAACCAAUACAGAUAUGGGUAGCACAGACUAGCAAAAAACAGAUAUAAAAAAUAUAUAUAUAUGUAUAUGGUAUAUAAUGGCAGAUGGCGGGGUUUUGGUUACACAUAGGAAUAGGUGCCAAAGUCUGUCUCAAUGUGGAGGAAAACAAUUUAAAGUGAACCUGCCGGGAUAAGAGAUCCUUCUAAAUUUGGGCAUAUUACGGAGGCCCUAGUAAUUCUAGACCAGGUUUGGAGGGGUUAAAGCCUAGCCACGUACGUUAAUGAGUAUGGGUCCGCCAUGAGUCUUCUCAGCCAAUCAGCAGGACUGAGAGGGGUCACCUGACAAGCUCUCGCGCUGCAGCAGGCGGCUAUACCCUUCUAAGUGUUUAUAAGGCGGCUCAGCACAAUAGCGUUUGUGGCAGGCUUUUGUCUAUUCCCCACCUCCACCAGAAGGGGGCGGUGGUGAGGAUAUAAGGCCCUAAUUUAAAGGGAUCCUCCAGAUGGCCGGUUCCCUUCCUUGCCUCUAUCACAUGGUCUGCGGCCAUUUAAUAUUAUGCAAUAUAUUUCAGUGGAGGAUACCGCCUCUCCACUUCCUGGGGUUCACACUCUCCUGACUUACGGACAGGCUGCCCCAUCCCCCCCUUCAUUCUUGAAAUCUUAAAAAAAAAAAAAAAAAAUGGCUGCAGUACCGUCGUGAUGGCGGCUGCAUUGGAACAGAUUUGUGCAUGCCAAAGUCAAUGUUCUGCUCCUAUUCUCUGGAUUUUACAACAGACCUCCAUUAUCAAGUAUUACGUUCAGUCUAUUAUAAUGCAGGAAAUGUUUUUUUCUUUCUUUUUUUUUUAACACUAAGUGCUGCGGGCCAGGCUGCCGGGCGGGACGCACAGAUGCUGGGAACCAUAGGGACAGUCAUAGCACGGUGCGGGCUGCAGAGGAGCCCCCUCCCCCACUGUAGAACUAUAUACAUCCUAUUGGCGGAUACUUCUAUUCUUUGUGUUUAGGUUCCGUCUAUAAUACAUGUGGUUGUAAUUACAAAGACAAUUUGUAGGCGAGAAAUUAAUAAUUGCAAUUUAAAGCUGGGAAGAUGUUUCCCUUUUUAACGAAUUGCAGGACGGUCACGGGUUUUCUGAUGGUCCUGUAAUAAAUGGAAAAGUUAAAUGUUAUAUCGCAGGGGGCGUCCCGGUGCUCGGAGUGUGAUGCUGUAGACAUGAGGUCUGACGGCUAUCCCUCUGGAUUCCCGCCACAUGCAUGCUCAGCCGCCAAUACGGGGAAGGGAGAAAGCUGCUGCCGACUCUGACAGAGGCUUAUCUCCCUAAAACCAAAAGGAUCAGACGUGUUGAAAUCUAACUACCCGAUCCUCAUCUCCUCCGCCGUUUUGAAGCACCAUCCCCUACACAUUAGAUCAGGGAUGGCCAACCUGCAGCUCUCCAGCAGUUGCAAAACUACAGCUCCCACCUUGCCCUGCUGUAGGCAGUCUGGGCAUGCUGGGAGUUGUAGUUUUGCAACGGUUGGCCAUCCCUGCAUUAGAUGCUCAGGGUGGUCUUACAGGAACCCUGGUAUGUUUGUAUUGGGGAAUAAUACAGAUUCUAAAAUGGGCCCGCAUUAGUCCCCGAUUGAGAUCUCAAGUGGGAUCGGAUGAAGAAGGUUUGGAAUCCAGUCCCAAUUUUGGCAUCAAAUGCGCGAAUCGACCUCAUUGUUUCGGAUCUGCUUUUAUUCCAGAAACGGCGCUACUCUUGCUAUUAGGUCGUGUCUGGUAUCAUACCUCAAGUCCAUGGGAUAAGUGGCAGUACCAGACACCGCCUAUGUUCAACCGUGGUGCUAAUUCUAGGGACACAAAUAGCAAGAUCCUUUAAUCGUGGACAAUCCCUUGAAGCAGGGGGCGGCCAUUUUGAAUCUGUGUUGUAUAGGAACCUCUGUUCUCUGUAUUUGUGACUCAAUGCAUUUGUCCCCCUGGUUCCCAGUAUGAAUGACAAUCUGAUACAAUAGAAAACCAUACAGUGCGUCUCCCGCCUGCAGCCUGGACUGGGUCAGUAUCCGUAUAAAGCCGUGGUACAUUUCAUACUCCAGCCGUGGCCUGUUUUCAUUCUCCCAAUGCCUUGAGACAUGUACUGAAUGUAAAUGAAGGUGUUGUAAUCGCGUCUCUCUGUGACAAUAGCUCGAUACUAUCAACUGCCAAUGUUCUUUUUACCGUUUUUUUUUUUUUUUUUUUUUGCUAAGAGUUUUUUCAACUUACUGAUGUUUUCCAGUCUCUGUUUGGAAACUUUCAAUGACUUUUUUUGUACUGGGUGCAUUUGGUAUAAAUAUGCAGAGAGUUAUUUAUGGUUUCAUCGCAGAACGAUGCAAAGGGAAAGCGUCGUCUGAUCGAGAAUCAUUUACCUCAGAUAAUUCAACCAGCAACUAUGUUAUCUUAUGCAGUUUCUCAGUCCACAGGAUAAUCCGUUACCUCUGAUCUCUCGGCAAGCAAUCGUAAUGCAUCGGUCAGAACAGGUUGCUGCACUACUGUUUCUUCAUCAUUGCAAUUUUUUCAUUUUUUUUCUUUUUGUUUUUUUCCCUUCCCAUUUGUUUUGCGAGAACCUAUAGAAAUGCCCUGGUAAAAAAGUGAUUGUUAAAUAUUGUACAAAUAAACCAUGUAUGCUAUCCCCACCAAAAAAAAAAAAUGAAAAGAAAACUAAUAAAAAUGAAAAUACGACACUUAAA